UCUUCUCCCUCUUUUCCUCCUUCCUUUCUUCCUAUCACCCACACAACCUUCGAUCGUUCUUCCUUCCUUCGUCAACUCCAUCCUGAAUCCAAUCCUUCAGCAGAAAUAGCAACAACACCUUCGCUCCACGAUCCAAGGGUCUCACGACUUCCCCAAAACCAUGUCGCAAGCUCCUCGACGACGCGGUGCUGGUCGCGCGGCUAGAGGCCCAGCUUCCAGUGAAACCAGCUCCCGUCGGGGUGACCGUCUUCAAGUCCCUCCAGGAGGCUUUGAUGGUCCUGCCAGUCGAGGCUCAGCAUCAGCAUCCCAUGGCCGUCAACCUUCCAAUGCUCCAUCUGUUGGCUCUACCUCACCGUCUGCUCCCCAAGGAAGCUUCGCUCCCUCAGCAGGCACAGCGGCUAGCCCUCGGUCAAGCUCCGCAGGCCAGACUGCGCCACCACAGCAAGCUCAAGCGCCGAUCGUUCAAGGUGACCCUGCAAGAGAGUCACAACCCAGAUACACCGAUGCGUUGCGCAACAUUGACUUGCCACCAUCAUUCUACAACAUCGAUCAGCUGUACUCUCUUCCAACACAGUUCGCCAAACGCCCAGGCUUCAAUACGACUGGCAAGGCAGUCCAAGUCUCUGUCAACUCCUACCAAGUUACCCAAUACCCCACUGCCAAAGUCUACCAAUACGAUGUUGUCAUUGGCAAUGGUGAUGAGAAGCGGGUCGUGCAACGCAAGGUCUGGGCUUCUCAAGCGCGCAAGAAGGCUACUGGACCACCCAUAAUCUACGAUGGGAACCGCCUUGCUUGGUCCCUUACCGAUCACAAUGAGAUUCGGCUUAUGGUCGACCUGGACCAGGAGGAAGGUCGCCAGUCACGCGAUCCAGGCCGCAACACAUUCCGUUUACACAUCAAGAAGACCCGACCAUUGGAUAUCUCUGUGGUGCAGGCAUAUCUCGAUGGACGAAUUCAGUUCAACAUCGAGGUUGCAGGAGCAGUCAAUUUCAUGGAUCAUCUUCUGCGUGAAGGUCCAUCCACAUCGAACCAAUUCCUCUCUAUUCGCCGAUCCAUCUUCAAGCGGCAAGGUCAACGUGCCGACUUGGGUGGUGGUAUCGAGGUCUGGCGUGGCGUUUACCAAUCCAUGCGUCUGGCUGAGGGUAAGAAGCUUGUGAUCAAUCUUGACGUUGCCAACACUUGUUUCUGGAAACCGAGCUCACUCAUUGCCACAAUCGUCACCAAGUUCAGAUUGCGAGAUCCCCAACAGAUUGUGAGUGAGAUGCGCCCAAGACAAGACAAUGGCUCUCGAAAAGAGUCCGACACCCAUACCACUGUCAGAAAAGCCAUCAAGGGCAUCAUGGUCACUGCUCAGUACAAGGGUAACCCUAUGGCAGACAAAGAGUGGAAGAUUCACACUCUUUCCUUGAACAACGCUCAUGAAGAGAAGUUGGAUUGGAAAGAUCCUCAGACAAAGAAGCCAACUGGCGAGCGAGUUUCCAUCGCCCAAUACUUCAAGCGCAAGUACAAUAUCGCUCUACAAUUUCCAGAACUGCCCUUAGUCGAAAUGACUAAGAAGGGAGUGAUGUAUCCCAUGGAAUUCCUGCAGAUCAUCAGUGGCACACGCUAUGCUGCUAAAUUGGAUGAGACUCAGACCGCGAACAUGAUCAAGUUUGCCGUCUCCCCACCAGCACAGCGCCUUGCUGCCAUCGACGAGGGCAAGAGUUGGCUCAACUGGGGUAGUGACCCGUAUCUGAACAACUAUGGUCUUCGUGUGAACCCUCAGCAGAUCAAGACGAACGCUCGCAUUCUCCCUGCCCCUGGCGUGAAAUUCGGCAAUAAGACUGAGCAACCUGGUACCAAAGGUCGCUGGGAUCUACGAGGCAAAAAAUUCCUGAAUGGCAACCCUCAAGAACUCGUGGCCUGGGGAAUUGGCGUCUUUACCGGCCGUGGCAGAGUACCUGACAAGAGCGCCAUCGACAGAUUCGCCCUUGACUUCGCUCGUGCGUAUCGCGAGCAUGGCGGUCAGGUCGCCAAUCAACCUCCUACUAUCGCCAUGCUGCCCGCUGACGCCGGUAAAGCAGUUGAGGAAUUGUACAACCAAACUGGAAAUCAAUUCAAGAGACGCCCACAGCUUAUGAUCUUCCUUCUCCAGGAUCGCAACAGCUUCCACUACUUGCGCAUCAAGAAAUCUGCUGAUUGCCGUUACGGUGUAGUCACUCAGUGCAUGCAGCUCCAGCAAGUCAUCAAAGGCAAUGCUCAAUACUACUCGAACGUCCUGAUGAAGGUCAACGCAAAGCUAGGCGGCACCACUUCACAAGCGAUUCCUCAUGCUACCUCCGGAUUCAAGGGCUUCACCGCUCCUACCAUGAUCAUUGGCGCAGACGUUUCUCACGCAUCGCCUGGCAGUCAACAGGCUUCGAUGGCUGCAAUCACUGUUUCUUUCGACAGAUUCGGUGGUCGUUACGCUGCAGCGUGCCAGACCAACGGUUUCCGUGUCGAGAUGGUCUCUGAAGCCAAUUGGCGCAACAUGCUUAAGCCUCUGGUCACUCAGUGGAUGAGUACAGUCGGUGGUGGUUCUCUUCCUCAGCAGAUCUACUACAUUCGUGACGGCGUCUCCGAAGGUCAAUUCGCUCAUGUACUCAACCAGGAAGUGCCUCACAUCAAGGCGAUCAUGGAGGCUUGUGCCGGCAAACCAUGGGCUGGAAAGAUCACUGUCGUCAUUGCAGGCAAGCGUCACCAUGUGCGUGCAUUCCCUGGUAGAGAUGCUGCGGACCAGAAAGGCAACCCCCUACCAGGCUGUAUCAUUGAGCGAGAUGUCACAACUCCAAAUGAGUUCGACUUCUACCUCUAUGCGCAUAUUGCGCUUCAAGGAACAUCUCGACCGACUCACUACUCGGUGAUCUACGACGAGGCAAACCACAGUCCAAAUGCGCUACCAAACAUGCUGUACGAGCACUGCUAUCAGUACAUGCGGUCUACCACCUCAGUCUCUCUGCAUCCAGCCGCCUACUAUGCGCAUUUGGCCUCCAAUCGCGCAAAAGCACACGAAGAUGUUCAGGCUACUGCCGGCCCACAAGCUGGUUCAGGGUUCAAGAUGAACGCCCCAAGCCGUAGCUCAGAGCCUUCCGACUCCGAGGUGAAGUCCUUGUUGCCAUUGUACAAUGCACAGGGCAUCGUCUUCGCCAUGUGGUACAUCUGAUCACCAGCGGUCUCCCCCAAUCCGGUUCAAUUUGGCAAGCAACUCAAACACUUGGCCAAGAGCAUGAUUCAGCAUUAUUUUCUUUUCAGAUGUACGAGCGUCAUCAGCAACCAGCACCCUGCA